CCUGCCUGUCAUAGUCCAUCCACCACCAGUCGGAAAUACCACACACAAUGCCCAUGACCACCGCAGCAACCACUCUCCGCCGGUCCCUCGAAGACCCCAAAUCGUUCAUCACCGCCCCAGGCGUAUACGAUGGGUUAUCCGCGCGUAUCGCCCUCAACGUGGGCUUCGACGCCCUAUACAUGACCGGCGCAGGCACAGCAGCCUCAGUACACGGCCAAGCCGACCUAGGCAUCUGCACGCUAAACGACAUGCGCGCCAACGCAGAGAUGAUCGCGAACCUGUCCCCUUCGACGCCCGUCAUCGCCGACGCGGACACCGGCUACGGCGGACCGAUCAUGGUAGCCCGCACGACGGAGCAUUACUCGCGCGCCGGAGUCGCCGCCUUCCACCUCGAGGACCAGGUGCAGACCAAGCGCUGCGGUCACCUGGGCGGCAAGAUCCUGGUCGACAAGGACACCUACGUGACGCGCAUCCGGGCCGCCGUGCAGGCGCGGCUUCGGAUCGGAAGUGAUAUUGUUAUCAUCGCGCGGACGGAUGCGCUGCAGGUGCAUGGGUAUGAGGAGAGUUUGGCGCGCUUGCGUGCGGCUCGUGACGCUGGCGCUGAUGUCGGUUUCCUGGAGGGGUUGACGUCGCGCGAUAUGGCGCGCCAGAUUGUUCAGGAUCUGGCGCCGUGGCCGGUUUUGUUGAAUAUGGUUGAGCAUGGGGCUACGCCGUCUAUCUCGGCUGCGGAGGCCCGCGAACUGGGCUUCCGGAUUAUCAUCUUUCCUUUUGCGGGGCUGGGCCCUGCGGUUGCGGCGAUGCAGGAGUCUAUGGAGAGGCUGAAGCGCGAUGGCAUCCCGAACCUUGGUAAGGAGAUGACGCCGCAGAUGCUGUUCCGCGUGUGCGGGCUGGAUGAGAGCAUGCAGGUGGAUGCGCAGGCAGGAGGUGCGGCUUUUGAGGGGGGUGUAGAGCUGAAGAAAUGAAGUUGACAGCCGAGAGGAUUCUGCUAAAGGUGUUUCCUAUCUUGCCAAAAAUUAAUGAU